UGCUUCCUCCCAGGGCCUUGCAAAACAAAAAGCAAACCUUCCUCCUGCUCAGUCUGCAGAGUGAACUGAGCUGCAUCCCCAGGGCUGAGGGAGGGGCUGGGCAGUCCCUGGGUGGAAACACAUUUGCAUGAGCAGCCCCUCCUCUGCAGAGGGUGGGAAGAAAAGGAGGCCUGGGGCAGCCCAGUCCCACUGCAGGGAAAGAGGCUGUGUCCACCAUGGCCUGGACUCCUCUCCUCCUCCUGCUCCUCUCUCACUGCACAGGUUCCCUCUCCCAGCCUGUGCUGACUCAGCCGGCCUCCCUCUCAGCAUCUCCUGGAGCAUCAGCCAGUCUCACAUGCACCUUCAGCGGUGGCAUCAAUGUUGCUGGCUACUACAUACACUGGUACCAGCAGAAGCCAGGGAGUCCUCCCCGGUAUCUUCUGAGGUACAAAUCAGACUCAGAUAAGGGCCAGGGCUCCGGAGUCCCCAGCCGCUUCUCUGGAUCCAAAGAUGCUUCAGCCAACACAGGGAUUUUACGCAUCUCUGGGCUCCAGUCUGAGGAUGAGGCUGACUAUUACUGUGCCAUUAGGCACAGCAGCGGUCCUCACAGUGACACACACAGAUGGGGAAGUGGGACAAAAUCUCACCCUGCUCUGGGUCUUGCUCUGUAACAAUUUUUAAAUUUUAAAAUAACUGGCCUAGGCACAAACUACAUUUGGAUGUACUUUCUAGUUGUUAAAGGCUCUUCUGUCAAUUUCCCAUCCAUUUUUCUGAUGUCUCAGUAAAACAAAAACAGAACAAAAGGAAACCACCUGAUGACCCUGAAGCGUUGGCUGCGUGUCCAUGUGUGCUGCUAACAUCAGUACCUGUGGAGCUGGACUUUUGUUUUGAAAGAAGCAAAAUGAGGCUUUCCAAGCUCACAGCAUGGUCAGAGCCUGGGGACAUGGUAGCAGGUGAACAGUCCCCUGCAGCAUGGACUCUGCUCUUCCAGCGUACAAGCAGAGACCUCCCCUUCCAUCCCCAGUAGUCUGUUCUCAGGGCUGUCUGAGGCUCACCGUGUCCCAGGAACAAGUCACUCAAAUAUGAAAUGCUGCCUGAGGACGCAGGUCAGGGAGGAAUUCCGGAUACAGAGCUGAUCUGGCUCAGUCCUGGGCACCUGCCUUUCAGUGGAAAUGCCAGGAGAUGGGGUUAGGUCUGAGGGUAACUGCAGACCUGGGGCCAGUAAAGUUCUGUG